CCGGGGGAACGUUGCGCCUCUCGCUCGCUCGCUGCCGGAGCCGGGGACGAUGCAGGCGGAGUCGGGGAUCGUGGCGGACUUCGAGGUCGGCGAGGAGUUUCACGAGGAGCCCAAGACCUACUAUGAGCUGAAGAGCCAGCCCCUGAAAAGCAGCAGUUCCGAGCAUCCUGGAGCUUCCAAGCCUCCCCUAAGCUCCUCCAGUAUGACAUCACGGAUUUUGUUACGACAGCAGCUCAUGCGUGAGCAGAUGCAGGAGCAAGAGCGUCGAGAGCAGCAACAGAAGCAGCAAGCAGCCCAGUUCAUGCAGCAGAGAGUACCGCUCAGUCAGACACCAGCCAUCAACGUCAGCGUCCCCUCUAACCUGCCCCCUCCUACCCAGGUGCCAAUGGAAGUCCUCAAGGUGCAGACUCACCUUGAAAAUCCAACCAAGUACCACAUUCAGCAAGCCCAACGGCAGCAGGUAAAGCAGUACCUUUCUACCACUCUAGCAAAUAAACAUACCAACCAAGCUCUGAGCUUGCCCUGUCCAAACCAGCCUGGUGAUCAUGUCAUGCCACCUGGAACUGGAAGCAGCGCACCGAACAGUCCAAUGGCUAUGCUUACACUUAACUCCAACUGUGAAAAAGAGGGAUUUUAUAAAUUUGAAGAGCAAAGCAGGGUGGAGAGCGAGUGCCCGGCUCUGAACACACACACGCGAGCGUCAUGCAUGCAGAUGGAUGAUGUAAUUGACGACAUAAUUAGCUUGGAAUCAAGUUAUAAUGAAGAAAUCCUUGGACUGAUGGAUCCUGCCAUGCAAAUGGCAAAUACGUUACCCGUAUCUGGCAAUUUGAUUGACCUUUAUGGCAACCAAGGCAUGCCUCCUUCAGGGCUGAACAUCAGCAACUCGUGUCCAGCUAAUCUUCCCAAUAUAAAAAGGGAGCUCACAGCGUGUAUUUUUCCUACAGAGUCAGAAGCAAGGGCGAUGGCUAAAGAGAGGCAGAAGAAAGACAAUCACAACUUAAUUGAACGAAGGAGAAGAUUUAAUAUUAACGAUCGCAUUAAAGAAUUAGGCACAUUGAUACCAAAAUCAAAUGACCCGGACAUGCGCUGGAAUAAGGGCACUAUUUUAAAAGCGUCAGUGGACUAUAUCCGCAAACUGCAGCGAGAACAACAACGCACAAAAGAACUUGAGAACAGGCAGAAGAAACUAGAACAUGCCAACAGACAUCUACUGCUCAGAAUACAGGAACUUGAGAUGCAGGCUCGAGCACACGGACUUUCCCUUGUCCCAUCUACAGGCCUUUGCUCACCAGAUGUGGUAAACCGGGUCAUCAAGCAAGAACCGGUCAUUGACAACUGCAACCAAGACGUAUUGCAGCACCGCUCAGAUUUAUCUUGCACGACUACCCUCGAUCUUACUGAUGGUACCAUAACUUUCAAUGAUAACCUAGGAACCUACAGUGUCCCCACAAAAGUGGGAUCCAAACUGGAAGAUAUUUUGAUGGACGAUACUCUCUCCCCUGUAGGAGUUACUGACCCACUCCUUUCCUCAGUGUCUCCUGGAGCUUCAAAAACAAGUAGCAGAAGAAGCAGCAUGAGCAUGGAAGAUACUGAUCAUGCUUGUUAGCAGAUAAUUGGCAUGGCCUCUCAUAAACUGCUUCAUUUCUUAAUCAGUAGAUUAAAUAAUUUACAUUUUUAGGUUUUUUGAUUUUCUUUUAAUAUUAAUCUACUUGUGCUUCAUCAAUAGCCCAGUAUAUAUAUUAUAUAUAUAUUUUUGAAUUUUGUGAAAAGACUUGUAUAUUCUAUUUUAAAAGUACCAAUGCCUCCAAAAUAUUGUACAACCUAUGUACAGUAUUUGUGAACUGGAUUCGCUAAGAACUUUGAACUGGUCAAAUCUACUCAAAGCAAUAGAAUUACAAAUCAAAACAACAGUCUGUUUCUAUUCAGGGGAAACUAACAAGUUAUUUACUUGGAAACUAAAUG